AUGAUGAGUGAUGAGAAGAAUGAACAUGUAGAUGGUAAAGCUGUUUGGGAAGAUAAUAAUGUAGAUGAGGAGGAUAAUGCUAAGGACAAUGAUGACGCUAGGAAUGAGGAUAAUAAGGAUGACGCUAGGGACGAGGAUAAUGAUGAGGACUAUGAUGACGCUAGGGACGAGGAUAAUGAUGAUGACGCUAGGGACGAGGAUAAUGAUGAUGACGCUAGGGACGAGGAUAAUGAUGAUGACGCUAGGGACGAGGAUAAUGAUGAUGACGCUAGGGACGAGGAUAAUGAUGAUGACGCUAGGGAAGAGGAUAAUGAUGAUGACGCUAGGGACGAGGAUAAUGAUGAUGACGCUAGGGACGAGGAUAAUGAUGAUGACGCUAGGGACGAGGAUAAUGAUGAUGACGCUAGGGACGAGGGUAAUGAUGAUGACGCUAGGGACGAGGAUAAUGAUGAUGACGCUAGGGACGAGGAUAAUGAUGAUGACGCUAGGGACGAGGAUAAUGAUGAUGACGCUAGGGACGAGGAUAAUGAUGAUGACGCUAGGGACGAGGAUAAUGAUGAUGACGCUAGGGACGAGGAUAAUGAUGAUGACGCUAGGGACGAGGAUAAUGAUGAUGACGCUAGGGAAGAGGAUAAUGAUGAUGACGCUAGGGACGAGGAUAAUGAUGAUGACGCUAGGGACGAGGAUAAUGAUGAUGACGCUAGGGACGAGGAUAAUGAUGAUGACGCUAGGGACGAGGGUAAUGAUGAUGACGCUAGGGACGAGGAUAAUGAUGAUGACGCUAGGGACGAGGGUAAUGAUGAUGACGCUAGGGACGAGGAUAAUGAUGAUGACGCUAGGGACGAGGAUAAUGAGGAUGACGCUAUGGACGAUAAUGAUGACAUUAAUGAGGCUAAUGAUGGUGUGAGGGGGUGA